AAACCAGUUUAAUAUUUGUCUGACCUCUAAAAUUUAUAAGACUGACUGACUUGUCGUUUUAUCAAAAACUAAAAAGAAAUAAAACACCAAUAAAUGGAAACACUAUUCGUUCUUCCCUUUUUCUUGGGAAAUCGCAAUCAGGAAAAGGAAACCUUUCACCCCAAGUCUCCUUGUCCUUUGGUUGGCAACAAACCAGUUUAACCUCUCUCUAUAUAUACAUUCAGAGCUAUGGAUGGGAUUGGGAGCCUAAUAAAUCACAAUUUCACCAACCUCUCACACACGAAUCUUUUUUCUCUGCUCCGAUCGUUCCAAAAAUAAUUAAUUUCUAAGAUUUUUUUCCCAAAGGUUCCGAUGAACGAAGACUUGAUUCUAGAUAUCAUGUCAUGUUGUCCUGCAACGGAGAUUUCAAAAUUCCGUCUACUAAACAAAGCAUGCAACAAACGAUCUUAUGAGUUCCACUUCAUCAAUCACCAUCUCCAUAAAACCAACUCUGUUUUAGGCUAUUUUAUUCAAGAUCAUAAAAAGCAUCGCCGCCCAGGAUUUGUUGUCUUCGGUGGUGCCGAAGAAGAAGCUCCUGAAAAACCAAGAAUCUCCCUCGAGUUUCUUCCUUCCGGAGGUGUAAAGAUCGAAGCGUGUGAUGCACAUCAUGGGAUUUUGUUAUGUGUUGAUGAUAAAUUUAAAGGAGGGAGAAGAAUACCAGAUUACAUUGUUUGUAAACCGACUACAAAACAAUACCGGAUCAUACCAAACCCGAAGACCCGGUAUUUUACUAUUGCAAUUGGUUUGAUGGUGAUUCAGUCGAACCCGUUUCGUUAUAAGAUCGUUAGGGUUUCUGAACCACUACCGUGGGAAAGAAGGAAGACGAGUGAGGGUUUCUAUAAUCUCAAUUGUGAGGUUUUUGAUUCUGAUACUUAUGCGUGGAAGCGAUUGAAUGAUUUAGAACUACCAAGUGGCGAGUUUCUCGGGAGAUCAGAAAAGCCAGAAUCAUCGUACGGUUUCUUGCAUUGGUUAACUGGGAAAAACAAUGUGAUUCAGUUUUGUAUGCAAACCGAAACUUGGUCUUUCUUUCCGUUGCCGGAAGAUGUAAUGAGCGAUGGUUCUUCUCUAGACUUGGUCAGCUACGAAGGAAAGUUAGCUGUACUUUGUUCGAAUUCGAAUUCGAGAGGAGGGUAUGAUUUAUGGGUUUUAGACAACAGUUCAGGAAAAUCGUGGGCUAAUGUAAAAGAUGUGCAAGUUACAGAUAUAGAAGACAAAUAUGCAAAACCCCUAUGGUUUCUGAGUAACGACGUCAUAUUAGUGGCAGGUUUCGCUCGCCUUGGUCUCUACAACACGAAUAGCAACAAGUUUCAGUAUUUGCAAAAGACGACUCAAGAAUGCUUGCCUUAUUAUUUGCCUAGAGAUGUUUGUUUCCCUUUUUAUUCCAAUUUUGAAAGUAUUUGUCUAAAUGAAGAUCAGAUCACACUGGAAGAUCAAAGACAAAACCAAAGAUGAAAGAAAAUUAUUAGUUAUGUAAAAUUUCAUCUUAUUCCA